AUGCCAUCCCGAUGCUGGAUCUUUGAGCUAUUGCUCAUUGGAGUGGUUUACUCUUUGUGCCCGGAUACACCGCGAUGCAUUGAACGCAUUCGCGAGCUUGUCGCCGGACCGCGAACUUUUUGGUUUGGCGAGCAUCGACGUGCACUUUGUCACCAUCGAAAUGCGAACCCAGUCGAGUGCUAUUCACCUCCGCAUCUUUCCGCUUUUCAUUCACUCGGCAGUCGUCUCUUCCGAGUACGAACCUAUCACUCAGAGUAUUUGAGAAAUCUCGAGAUUUUCCCGCGAAUCACUUAUCGAGCGGCGCCAGGAGAAUAUCGAGCAUGUGAGCAUGAUUUUCGCGUGAAAAAUGCAUCAAUUAUUGAAGGCGAUCCAGACAUGGCACCAGUGGCUCCAUUUUUAGUGAGAAAAAAGCCGGAAAUCACCUGGCAUGGCUUGGAUUAUGAUGGCAAUUUCACGAUUUUAAUGACUGAUGUCGGAUUUGGCACCCUCAACUACUUGGUUGUCGAUUUUCCAAGAGUACCAACGAUUUUGAAAGAAUAUGAAGGCUGUGACAAUUUCCGACCUCAACCGAACCCAAUGGCUUUAGUGGUUUUCAGAAAGCCAAAGAAAGAGCUUAUCGUGCCAAAAGGGGAAAAUUUCAAUCUCGGUGAUUUUAUGCUGCAGAAUGAUUUGGCUGAUGAUCUGAUCGGUCUUUCUGUGGUUAUUGUGGGUGCUGAUCCUUAUGCAAUCGAGCGACAACGAAUGAGAGGACUCGCCGACAAUUGCCAUUCACUCAUCAAAAAGAAAGUGGUUCGCUCUCCACCAUCGAAACUCCUCUCUCGUUUACCCCUAGAGGAGGUGUCCACGUGGUUGAGUGUCGGCUACGAUCAUCCUGCGCUUGACAUCAAAGUUUGCUGUCAAAAAGUUCAACAUGAACGUGAGCGAAUCAUGCUCGAUCCACUCGGCGACUCGAUUGUUUCCGCUUUUGCCACUUUCUCACCACCAAGCAUAUCUUCGCUAAAAGUACCCCAAACAGCGUACACGAAUUACCAUCGAACGGCCCGGACAUUUGUCGCUUUGAUGGAUGAGUUGUACACGGUGCUUCUGCUCGACGCGCAUACGGGGAAAUUGCAUUGGAUGGUGGUGGAUUUGAUGACAGCUGAUCUUCUUGAUGAUGCCUCUGAGAAAGGAAAUACGAAAGCGAGCUAUAUUCAUCCAGCUCCAGCUGAUCCAGCUCACUGCUGGCCUUUUGUUUUUCUUCUCUUGGCUCAACCACGUCCCCUACACUCUAUCGACUCAUUUUGCAUCAAUGAAUGUGAAGAAAGAAAUCGAUUUAACUUUGAAGAGUUUAAACAGCUGAACGGACUUCGAUUGUCUGCAUUUUCUUGGAUGAACAGCUGCUAUGACCUCUCAUUUGCUCACUAUGUCUUAUCACGACAAGCUCUUUCGAUCUCAAAUGCGACUUUCGCUCAAGAGAGAAAUGCUAGACGAUCACUGAACAAGGCGUUACAAGGCGAAUCGCAACGAGUGUGCCAAGCGUUCAGCGUUUCACCCACUCAAAAGUGCUCCAUUUCGCUCACCUCACUCACCACUACUUUCCCAAUUUUCUCGUCAAUUCUCAUUUCGAUCCUUUUCCUUUAUCUUUUAUUU